AUGGGGCGUGGCGGCAAAGGGCAAGGGCGUGCCUCUGGUGGGCAGCAGGACUAUGGUGGCUAUCGGCUGUGGAAGGGCGCCUAUUCCCCGUCCCAACGACCGUGGCGGAACAACCAGCCCGAGGAGACUUGGCAUGGCAAGCACGCCUUUCCAUCGUACACAGCCAUGCCACGCCCGACGCCCAAGGAGACGCACACCCACGCUGCAAUACCGGAGUUGAGUGUGCAAGGGAGCAUGGUCCACGAUCUGCAGGAACUGCUGAAUGGUGCAAGGCGUGCAGAGCAGAAGGUGGCCAGGAUUGUGCAGGCCAGGGACCGGGAACAGUCCCAGCAUCAGGAAUUCCAGAAGCAGAUGAAGGAGUCGUUCCUGAAGGAGAAGCAACGGUUUGCGAAGUCCGAGGCCCGCUUCGAGAAGGACAUCGCGGAUGCAGUGGAAGAGCAAAAUCGUGCCCGUAUGCUUGUGAGAAGUGCCUACCUUGGCAUCGAAGCGAUCCCGGUGGAAAGAGCACCAAGAGGCAGACUCACGAGAGAAGAGGCGGACCUGGCCUGGGACCAAGCACGCGAGGCAUGGGAGAAAGACGAGGGAAGCACUAUGGACGGUGUUUUCAAGAGAGCCAUGGAGCCCGGCCUUCCUCAUGGUGACCACGUCUCAGCUGGCGGAACCGGAAUGCGACCGGAGAUGCGAUCAAUGGUCAACUCUGUGGACACUGCGUGGGAGGCGGCGCGCAGUGCAGGAGCACACGACCACACCAGAGCGGACCCGAUGGAGAUCUACCCGAAGCUGGAGAGCCGGUGCCGAGCGAUGGAGACGAUCUCAAAUCGAGUGCAGCCGCUCCCGGAGACCAGUCAGUUCUUUCCUGCAUGGAAGACUCUGGUUGGCCCAGGAGGCUGGAGAGCAGACAGCCACAUGGGGCCGGCUGAUCUGCUUUCCGCUUCCUUGCUGCCGGUCGGAGGGAACUUUCUGUAUGAGACAAUUGACUUGGUCAUCCCCGAGCCUCCGCCCAUGGUGGACAAAGUGAAGGCUGUACAAAUCUGCUUUAGGUGCUACAAGAGCGGCUACUUCAUCCACUACGACCUUGGGCCCUGGCCUACGGUUUUAGCGUCUGAUGAUUUUGCUUUGUGGGAUGACACAUCCGCUGCCCUCGAAGCCGAGAUCGACGAGCCUGGAUGUGAUCUGGUUUGCUGGCUUCUCUCUGUUGGACAUGCCAUUGAAGAAGUCGAAAUCCGUCUCUCAGCACCUUCGAAUUUUGAUCAUUUGAUUGCCCGCGUUUUUGAAAACAGGGACCCAGUCAACAGCAGAGUGUAUCCUCUCUUGAAGGCGGUUGAGCCUCAACCUGCCGAUGCCCACCUGAUUUUGUUCUCCCUCCCAGGUUGGGCAAAUGAGGAACGUCUCGCAUGUUUCGACUUGACGGAAGUCGAUGGCAGGCUAUAUGCCGACUUGGUUCCUUACUCGGCCUCCAAGUCCCUGAUCCUCCGCCUAGCCGGGUUGAGCGAGGGCCCGGCUGUCGAUGUGUAUGUCGGCAGCAGCCCGGCUGCAAUGCUACCCGAUGAAGAAGUGGAGUUGCAAGUUGGCGGUCCCAGCAUGUGUGUAGUGCAUGACAGUGGGCAUCGCUGCAUUAGCUUUGCUGAUGACGACAGCUAUGGAGACGUCGCAACCAUUGCAGCCUCCUUUGGCUUGAACCCAGCAACCAUGCUCACCAGCCGAGUUCACCCUGUGCUACAUGAUGUUGCGCUUGAGGGGCGCCCUUGCAGUGAUGUGCUUGUGGUUUCUGCUCCUGAAGACCCCUCCACGAGCGCAUUCAACGAUGCGCUCACACUUGCAACUGUAGACUGUCGCGCCCUGCUCCAAGGGUGGUUCGCUGUCAUUGCCACGUCAGGCCGAACUCCUCGAGUUGAGGUUGAGGAAGUCCUGUCGACUUUUGCCCCUGCUGGCUGGAAGCUGCAUGUUGAGAAGUUCCCCCACAAAGGCGACGACGACGCUGAAGCCGCCGCAUCCGAUCACUUUGAAAGUGACGCGCCUUUCGCAACAGCGACAUUUUUUGUCUUUGCCCCGGAGUACGCUCCUGAGACCGUCCAUGAGCGACAACAUGCUGAGCUCCAUGCCGGAGAUUGCAUUUCCCUGGUUUUGGUCACGGCUGCCCCUUUUGUUGUGUCAUCCUUGACCGAUAGGCUGCAGGAUCCUUCAGGCUGGCGCCAAGACCCAGCGCUCCCUGUGCGUCGGGGAAGGUGGCUUCACUUGCUAACCGCCGAAGGAGACUCACGAAUACCCUUUGAUCCUGCCAGAAGGCGGUUUAUUCGCGAAGACAUUGCCCGGCACCUUGAGUUGGAAACCCAGUUUUUCCGUUUGCAGGUCGCCAGACCUCCCCUGCCUGAUUCGUAUGCCUACGGCAUGCUCAUGCACAACGUCAUCAUUGUUGACACGCUAGAAGCAGAAGCUGGCAACCCCCGACCUGUUCUAUAUAUCCUUGACCUGCGGCCCUUGACUUGUGGUCUCACAUGGAGACGGGCAGAGCGUGGACUCUUGUCAUCAGCUGAGCUGACUGAGCUGACCCGACGAAGCCAGCCUCAUUGCCCACCGGGGUUCUAUGUCACGGUUGUUGGUGGUACGCCAGUGACUGGUGACCCCGAGUUUGAUCUUUGUGUUCAGCCCGGCGAGGUCAUAGCUGUUGAGUUUGUUGCUUUGCCAGCUGACUCGGUGAUUGCUCAGCACGACCGUUCUGACAGCUCCGACUCAGAUUCUAGCUCCAGCACUGAUUCCGAGGACGCGGACUCCUCUGGAGACGACGACAGUGGCCAUGAUAGCCCUCUCGCGCCGCAACCGCAAGCGGCGCUGCAGCGCACGGCACGACAGAGACUCCAAAGAGCCUGA